AUAUUCAUUUGUUUUUGUACAGCAUCAACCGAAUGGCCGUGGAACACAGAAUCUGCAGUGCUGGAUCCUUCUGCAGCCCCAUGUGGUGGCUACAUGACAGACAGGAUGGGUGAAUUUUUCAGCCCUCAGUACCCUCAUAACUACCCCAAUUAUGCACAAUGCUCAUGGACCAUUCAUAGCACAGGGACAUUGACUGUGUUAUUGACCUUCACAUACAUUGAUUUGGAGACCUGCUGUGACUACAUCAGGGUGUAUGAUGGUCCUUCUACUCUUGAACCUUUACUGGGAGAACUGCGGGAAAACAGGACAUACUCCUUUCACUCCACCAGGAAUGACCUGACUGUGAUUUUCUACAGUGAUAGUAGUAUAACACAAAGUGGAUUUCGAGCAGAAUGGGUCUUUACAUCUUCCGAAUCCUGCAGGAAUAACUGUGGAUACAACUUCAGCAACUGUUCAUGCUCCAGCUCCUGUCAGUACUAUGGAAACUGUUGCCAUGACUACUACAGCUACUGCUCGGCAUCAACUGAAUGGCCAGAGACGAUCACAGCUUCCCCCUCCUGCAGGUAUAACUGUGGAAAUUACCUCGGCAGCUGUUCGUGCUCCAGCUCCUGUCAGUACUAUGGAAACUGUUGUCAUGACUACUACAGCUACUGCCCAGCAUCAACUGACUGGCCAGGCAUGACCACAGCUUCCCCCUCCUGCAGGUAUAACUGUGGAAAUCACCUCGGUAGCUGUUCAUGCUCCAGCUCCUGUCAGUACUAUGGAAGCUGUUGCCCUGACUACAACAGCUACUGCGCAUCAACUCAAAGGCCAAAUACAACAGCUUCCCCCUCAUGCAGGUAUAACUGUGGAUACUACAUCGGCAACUGUUCAUGCACUAGCCAUUGUCAGUACUAUGGAAACUGUUGUCAUGACUACUAUGGUUAUUGCCACGUGAACACAACAUCACGGCCAAUCCUAACAACAGAGAAUCACCCUGAGUGUGGAGGACACCUGUAUGGUUCUGGGCUGUUUUCCAGCCCCAAUUACCCCAGUUAUUAUCAUGACAAUGCCUACUGUGUGUGGUAUCUCUCCGCUCAGCAAGGCCAGAGGCUCUUCUUGUCAUUUACUGAUGUGCAAUUGGAACGCUGCUGUAACUGUGACUACAUUUCUGUGUACGACGGCCCAUCCAUUGGUUAUCCACGGUUGGGACAGGUCUGCUUCAGUAAUACCACUCACCAGGCCUUUCACUCUUCUUCACGUUACUUGACUGUUCUCUUCAGAAGUGACUACUCUGGUGUCAGCCAUGGUUUUAAGGCCCUAUUUACUAGCUCUCUGACCGCAGAUCAAGGUCGCGUGGACUGUUCAUCAGACAACAUGGUCAUUGUCAUUCGAGCAUCUUACCUGAACUCACUUGGGUUCAAUGGAAAUGAUCUAUAUGUGGACGACCAUCGAUGCAGACCCACUAUUACCAGUACUGAAGUUGUGUUUCGCUUCUCUCUUGACACAUGUGGGACCGGCAAAGAGAUGAUGAAUGGUUAUGUGACCUACACCAAUAAUGUGCGUGCGUCUCAAUCUCAGUCAGGCGAGAUCACACGUCAGUCACAGUUCCUACUGCAUGUGGGCUGCCGAAUGGAGCCAGACACCAUGGUGGAGAUUUUCUACAAGGCCAAAGAGAAUAUCAAUGCCAACAUCACUGGAACGGGCCGCUUCAAUGCCAGCAUAGCCUUCUACACCUCCAGCAGUUUCAGCCAACAAAUUUACGACUCUCCAUACCAGGUGACGCUUAACCAGUACAUGUAUGCUAUGGUUAAGCUAGACCGACAUGACAACACACUAGAUCUCUUCCUGGACACCUGUGUAGCAUCUCCGUAUGCCAAUGACUUCCAAACCCGCUCCUAUGACCUGCUGCGUGAUGGAUGUGCCAGAGACAGCACAUACUAUUCCUACACCAAUGGUCAGCACUACUAUGCUCAGUUCCGUUUCCAGGCUUUUAAGUUCCUCCGGACUCACGCCUAUGUGUACCUGCAGUGUAAAGUGAUCAUCUGCCCCGAAAAUGAUUACAACUCUCGCUGUCGCCAAGGUUGCCGCUUUCGCCGCAAGAGAUCUCUCGACACCACCUACCACACCAACACUGUGAUACUGGGGCCAAUCAAACUCAAAGGAGAGAGGCCUGGCGUGGGGCAGUCUGAAAAGACAAAGGAAUGAAGUGAUCAUCUUUAACCUUCAUCGUUGCCAUCAGUCAUACUUUAUUAACCACCCAGCAAAUUAGUUUAAAUAAAAAUGUUAUUCUUC